UAUAGAUAAUUAUUAUAUUUAAAUUCAAUAGUAUGUUUUAUAUAAUUUUAUAAUAUAUUAAUAUUGGUAAUUUAUUAUUAAACCGCUGCAAUAUCUUAUAAUCAAUCAGUCACAAAUAUCCCGCAAACGAAACAAUUUUCAAACGUUGUACCAGUUAUACAAAUCGCUUAAUAACAUUUGAAACCACAACCACCCGCAUAUGUAAACUUCCGCACCUGCAACCACAACCGACGCGUUUGAACCAGUCGGACCCUAAGCUUGUUAAUAAUUAUUUAAUUUGUUUCAUAAUAAAAAUGGGUUGAUUGCGAGUUAAAGUGGUUUUAAAAUUCUAUGUUCUGUUGGAACUUGGAACUAACUCAUGAAAAAAACUGCAAUAUUAUUAAUCAUCAUAUCCUAUUUUGAUACACCAUAUAGUUGAAUGAUAUAAAUAUUAGUUAAUAUUUAAUAUCUUCACCUUUUCAAGUUAAGUUAUUAGUUAUAACAUUUUUAUCGGUUUAUGUAUGGAUUUUAGUUAAAAAAAUUUAUGAAGCUAAUAAAAAAUUGGCAUUUCACGGUUUUCCAACAUUUAUAAUAGUUAUAUAAAAAAUUGAACAAUAAUAUAUAUACAAAUUUUUAUCCGAAGAAAUACAGAAUGUAUUGGCUUUGUGCCUUAAUUAACGGAACAAAAAGUUGAAAAAAGAAGUGUUACCAAGAACAAUGUACGAUCUUAGAAACAUACAAGUAGUUAGCAUUCAGAUUAUACUCUAAUGUUUAUCCAUUAAAUGUAGGUAACAAAACUAGUCACAUCAAACAUGCGUACUAAUUUUAUAUAGGGAAAAUUGGAUAAAUAGGACACUUUAAACUUGGAUUUGUCACAUUACGAUUUCUAGAAGAUAUUUUAGGAAAAUAGGAUUUUAGAUCUUGUAAAAUACCAAAAUACCCUUAAUUUACCAAUUAUGUUGAAUUUAAAUUAUAAAUUAUAAUAAUUUUCGUUUUAAUGUUAAAAUUAAAAUCUAUAAAAAUUAAAAAAAAAAGUCGUUUUAAUGUUAAAAUUAAAAUCUAUAAAAAUUAAAAAAAAAACACUAAAUGGGAAAAAGGGAGACGCGGGAUGCCGCAAACCUAAUUCCUCUUUCUCCUUGUCUUCUCCGUCGUAGAGUCGUCGCUCUCCCACGGCGAUUUAGGGUUCAACGGUGAGAAGCGCUGUUCUUCGUCGGUGUUUCAUCAGCCCGUGGUCUCUACUCUCGUCUCCGUCACCAUCCUUUUCGAUCUCACUGAAGACACAACGGCUGCGAAUCGUUCUUCCUCUUCGUUGGGUCAAAUCGAUUUUUGAAGUGUUCUUCCAUCAAUUUCGCUUCUCAAUCUCACAAUUCUUCACAUAAGGUAUUGGAUUACAUCUAUAGAUUCUCAUAUUAAACGAAAUCGAAGUGUUCUUCCAUUAAAGCUCGAUUUUUUUAAAAACGAUUUGGCGUGUUUCUUAAACUAAUUUUGUUUCACGGAUUGGUUAAACAUCUUAUACAUCAUUAUUUGUGUGAUGAUAUUGAAACCUUUACAUGUUGAACUAACAAUUUUGUCACGGUUUGUAGCUAUGUCUGAGGAGCUACCGAAGAGGCUUUUUAAGGAGGGCGAGGAGCCCCGAGUUACUCAGAUCAACAACAACUGCAGGAUCGACUACAUAAUCCGAAAGUUCCAAGCGUGGCUGCCAAAGGAGUUGGAUGUCGUGAAGAAAGACCCGGUUUUUCAUCAGAUUUUUAAGCUCCAUGAGAAUGGUCUUGGAUACUCUGCCAGGGUGAUACACAGCUUCUUGUGUAGGGAGCUGGUGACUUUCUUACAGCACGAGCUAUGGUUUGUCUUUGCGAGGAGACCGCUUCGAUUCUCAUUGCAAGAGUUCCACGCCGUAACCGGGUUUGAAUGCGAUACUCAUAUCUCGCUUGAGGAGUUUGAAGAGUGGAAAUAUGAUGGUGGUUUCUGGAGCAAGGUUUUGAGGAGAAAAGAUGGAACAAUUACACUCUUCAACCUGUGGACUAAGGACAAGGAAGCUGUAAAGAAGUGGAGGAAUGCAGAUCGCAUACGUCUUGUCUACUUGGCGAUCAUUCUUUGUGUGGUAUUGGCGAGAGAUGAGAAGGCUAAUAUCCCCCUGAAGUACAUCGCGGUGGUCAUGGAUCUUGACAGAGUUCGAAGGUAUCCUUGGGGAGUUGCUGCUUAUGACCUUCUCUGCAAAUCAAUAGCCAAAAAUCGUUCCCAACUGAAGGAAAAGACCACUAGCUAUGUCUUGGAUGGCUUCUCAUACGCCUUGCAGAUUUGGGCAAUGGAAGCGGUACCAAAAAUUGGGAAGCUUUGUGGAAAAAAGCUGGAUAAGGGUUUCAAGGACGGUCCUAGAUGCAUAAACUGGAUGGGAGCUGCGAAGGUGUCAUAUGAGGAGAUCAUUCGCUUGGAGGAGAUUAUUACACCCAAGGAUGACAUCUACCCAUACAUCUCAUGGACAGGAAAUUAUGAUGUUGUCAAAGCUCAGGCGUUUCGCAGAGAUGAUGAUGUGGAGGAUGAUAGAAUCAAUGUUCUGAUGGAGAUGAUAAAGAAGGGGCAUGAUUUUAGUGAGCAUGUUUGGGAAACUGAAGAAAAUGAAGUGAUUUCUUUAUCUCUCGAUGACGAAUCAGCUGUGAAUGAUGAAGCAAGCGUGAAUGUUGAAGCAGCCGAGAGUGAUGACGACUUUCAGACUCCGAAAGGAUAAAAAAACGUUGGUUCUAGAUCAAAGAGGGGUAAAAAGAGGCUUCCCGAUCGUGGUAUGGAGAAGAGAAAGCAUAAGGUUCUCGCAAGUGGUGCAAAGCAAGCUCCUUUUAAUGAAGACAUGAAGGCUUUUAUGACACAGUUGUUUGAGCACAACUUCUCUGGAAUGGAACAAAGGAUACAGAAACAGAUGGCCGAGACAUUUGAGCAGAUGCGGACAGAGCUUAAACAAUCACGUAAGGAAGCCAGCGUUGAAGUUGAGCUUGGAGAGCCUUCACCGACAAAGCCAUCGACGAGCCAGGCACCGUUGAGGAGGUCCACACGCGGGGUAAACAAACACUAGUCUUCACCAUCCUCUUCAAUGUUAUUUUGUCUUGUUUAAGUUCGUGGUUUGCGUGUCUGUUUGUUUUAUUGGCAUCUAAGUUAUCGGCCUGAAUUUUGUUGUACUUUAUAAGGUCUCGGUUUGUAUGUGUGCUUGGUGUGUAAGUGUCCUUGGUUUGUAAGUGUCUUGUUUGAACUUAUGUAAUGGUCUGGAACUUUUAUGUAAAAUAAUUAUGUAAUGAUAAUGUAUUUUGGUGUCUCAAUUAUUGCUUAUUUGUCGUGACAUAACAGGAUGGUUCCGAGACUACAUUCGAUGUGAAUUAUAGUGAAGCAGAUGAUAUGGGUCGCGGGAUAGGUACGCAAGGGGUUGAAGGGCUUUCUCAGACGUCGUAUGUGCCAGGCUUUGAUCCAUCUCAGGACAAAAAAGAAGAAGACUGGUGGACUCCAAUGACUUCGGUCCGAGGUUCAGUGGAUAAUCCAGUAAAGAAAGAAAAGACAGAGAUGAAUACAGCUCCACCGCCGUCACAGUGGGAGAAAUGGUGCAAAAGAAAAGGUCAUGGACUUCAGCUUAGCGAUUCACCAUUGCCAGAAGAUGCUUCUCCGCAGGCGUCACUUUAUUAUAUCUCCGAAGAGUCAUGGAAAGGAUUCACGGAA